CGCGCCCGCCCCCGACACGGAGACGCAGCACGCCAUCUGCGUGGUGACCAGCGAGGGCGCCGUCGCCACGGCCAGGGCCACCGUCACGCGCGCCGUCAACGCCUCCUGCAGCGCCGAGAACAUAGAACGCUUCAGUAAAUUUGAAAAGGAUAUUGCAGGCCAAAAUCACAUGAUUAGAUAUUUGAUUCAUUUAAUGGAGAAGCAUUACAAUCAAAACCAUGAAAACCAUGAUAAUAUGUACUUAAGAUCGUCGGUGGAUAGUUCGACAUACAAAAUACAAGAGGAGACACUUGACAACAAUGCUCAUUUGCAGAGCGCAGAACCCAGCAGCCGAGAAGCAGAAAUUGAUCGCUACAACAGCAGUCUCCUCACGGAUCCUCAAGGACGGCUCACCUUCAACUAUUACUGGCGGGUACAUCACGUUUUCGAGAUGCCCGAAAACACGACAGUUAGAAGCCAAAGCUUUUACGUGUCCUCUGGCAGCUAUCGCAUGUACCUGAUUUACUGGGCAGGUACUUUCUUGCACAUGGCAGGUAUCGGGCUUACCCGCGGGGAACAUGACACCUUACUUCCGUGGCCAUUUAACCUAACCGUCCGAUUAUCCAUUCUUGCACAGAAUCACAGGAAGGACAACAUGCAAGACUUUAGUUCACCUAGCAUUGAACCGGCUCAUUCUAUCAGGUGUCACAGCAUUCACUGGCAGAAGCCACACAUCAGUGACAACCCUAGUUGCUUCAUACUGAUCUACAGUAGAGACUUGCUGCACACAGGUAGCUAUCUCUAUAAGGACACCGUUCUUUUGCAUCUUUCUGUUCUCUUAGUCAAGUAGUCAACUUUCUAUAUAGACUUCACAAAUGAAAAAACGUGCACAGUCAACAAGUUUUAAGACCUAUUAUUCCCACAAUACACUAUUACUGUACAUUACUGACACAACACUCCACUUUCAUCUUUUACAGCACAUUUUAAAUAUUUUUCCAAAAACUAUAAACUUAAAUAUUUUAUAUUCCUGUUA